AAUGAACAUUAACUAGAUUUGCUCUCAAAGUGUAAUAAUAAUAUUGUUGUUACUUUUUUUCUAAAAUUAGUAUAUACAGUAGUCGCAGCAAGUUGUCUUUUUUUUUUUACAUGAAGGCUUUAUUUUAAAAGCUUUUCUACUAAGAUAAAUGUGUGAUAUAAAGGAACUCUUUCGUUUGUGAUUUCCUGAAUUGUUUCACUAAACAUGGUACAAACAAUGUAACUAUGACUAGACAAAACAUAAAGCUCGAGAUUGAAAAAUCUUUGGAUGUAGAAACAUUCAGUGCUGCUAAGUCUUUGGGCGCUACACCAGAAUUUAACAUUGAAAAUAUUAUAAACGAAAAACGAUAUCUAAAAGGUGACUUUUUAAAAAUAUACCCAUUGUUGAGAAAGGGUCAAGAAAUUGGAAUUGGCGGUACAGGACAUGUGUAUAAGCUUAUAGAAGAUUCAAAGACAGAAGUCGAAUAUGUUGUGAAAGAGAUAUGCUUGCCUGCUGAACACAGUGAAAAACUCUUGAAAAUAUUUUACAGAGAAGUCGAAGUUUUGAGAGGACUACCUGAUCAUCGUCGUAUAAUACAAUUCUUUGGAUAUUGUGUUUCAGAAUUAUAUUGUUCAUUGUAUCUAGCAUACAUGAAACUGGGUUGUAUUAGUGAGGCAUUACGUGAAGGACCUUUCACUGAAGAAAAGUGUUUUCUUUAUACCGGUCAAAUUCUAGAAGGUUUAGAAUUCUUACACAAUAAAGGUGUUAUACAUAGAGACAUAAAAGGUCCAAAUGUUUUACUAGAGGACGAAAAUAAUAUCAGAAUAACAGAUUUCGGACUUGCUAAAUUUAUGGAUGGUUCAGAAAAUACAAUGGAAUUGGGAACGUGUCGAUGGAUGGCACCUGAGGUUGUUAACAGAAAACCGGAUAUGGAGCCAUAUAAUUUUAAAGCAGACAUUUGGAGUGUGGGCUGUACAGCUCUAGAGAUGAUCACAGCAAAAGUACCUUUUCACGAUCGCUCUAACAUUGCAAAUAUAAUAUUUACUCUUCACAACGGUGAAAGUCCUAAACUCCCUAACAACAUUUCAGAGAGAAUGGAAAGAUUCUUAAAACAAACUUUUGUGUUAAAUCAUAAAGAAAGAUUUUCAGCAGGAAAACUUAUUGAAGAAUUUUUCGCUAUAGAAUCUCAAACAGAAGACGCACAUUGCAAUAUUGGUCAAACCCAGGAAGUGUUUUUCUCUGAAGCCAAAGAAAUAACGCGGAGCGAAGCAGAAGCCACACAUGAAAUACAGCGAAAUAGAAAGAGCGCAAAACACGGACACUUGAAAAUAUGUGAUUGCAAAUGUAAAGAUUGUUUUGUUUACUUCAUUGUCGUCGUAUUAGCAAUAAUAUUCUUUCCAAUCAGCAUAUGCUAUCUAAUAGCAACAAGGCUUUGUACAAUGAAAAGUUCUACAUUAGAAUACACAACUACAGAGGACAGCUAUGAAGAUGUUUUAGAAAACCCGCAUGUCAGCUUUAGUGAAUAUGCUUCACCAAAACUACCGAAACCACCAAGCACGCAUUUAUACGAUUUAGAAUCACCGAUGACCCUCUCAUCAUCCAACAGAAGUAGAGGACAUAUUGCAGCACACUGUAAAAAAGUGAAGUACAAUAGAUCAGAAAAUAGGGACAGUUACAGGAAACAGAGUAAAAAAGUUGAGUUUAAAGAGAACAGAAACAGAAAUGACAAAAGUAGAGUGUAUUUCACCAAUGAUAGGGACAGUAGAGAAAGUAGUGAAAGUGAAGAAGUAGAAGAGAUGAACUAUUGUUGGGGUGUAGAAGAAAUAAAUUUUGUUGAAGAUGAAACUAACACUCUGGUUAUAUAA